AGUAAUUACUGCAAACACCAACGAGAAAAAGAAAACAAAACAAAAAUCCGGAUUGUCAAUGCAUCAAUCAACAGGCUAAAAUUAAACUUUCCCAUUCAAUAAAUUAAACUUAUCACCACCGCAACUAUUUUUCCAUAAACCCAACGCGACACAGUAUAGGUGAAAUGUAAUUAAACGCGUUGUGCAAGAUACAUGUCUCCAACAGCGAUAACUCGGAUAAAGUGCGACAAACAAAACGUGAAAUUCGUAUAAAAACACCAACCACUCGCCACCAUAACCAUCAUUCAAUCUUCAACCAAGAUGAAGACGUUCCUAAUCCUUUCUUUGGCCGCGGCUUGCUUCGCCCAAAUCCCCUACCAAGGCAAGCACGUCCUGGUGAGGGAAAACGGCAUCACCAUCAAGAGCGACAACGGCAGGGAAAUCGACUUGUACAAGAGCGCCCUCUACCCGGGGCACGUCGAGCUACAUCUGAAAACCCCCUACGCCCCGUCGAGGAAAAUCCAAGUGGACCAGGUCAACAACAUCAACCCCUCGGACGUCGAAUAUUCACACGGCCAAUACGAUGUUUUGAGCCACCUCUUCCACCCCUACCAGGGGUUAGUGGACGCCAUCAGGUACGAGGAAUUGUUGGAGAAACUCCACAAAUUCGUACAAGCCGGUUACGUCCACGAAACCAUUGGAGAUAUUCUAAGACACUACUGGACCCAACAAUCGCACCAAUACCCUCAAGCAGAAUACGAACACGCCACUCCUUACUGGCAAAAAUGGAACCAAUACAUCCACAGCCCCGCUUUCCAAACCAUCUCGCCCGUUCAACGCCUUCACUUCUACCAGCAACAACACCAAUACCCCCAAACUUACUACCCCCAAACCUACUACCCCCAAUCUCACUGGUACAAGCAGUACGAGCCUGAGCACGAAACGUACCAGGAACACCGAGCCUUCCCGAGGUCUGGCGUCGAGGUAGGGAAAUGGGAGCACCCCUACCAGUACUACAAAUGGCAACAGCAAUCCGCUUGGGGUCCCUGGGCCCACCAGCAACAAUACUACGCCGGUGGGUACCAAGGACAGCAAUGGUGGAACCCCCAACAACAGUGGAACAAGCCCUACCAGCACCAAGCCUUAAUCGAAGGGUACUGAACUUGUUGAAUUUGCAUUGUAUGUUGUUAUAUUGAAUAAACGAGCAUAGUAA